AUGAUUGAAUUAGGAUUGAGUCGAGUUGCGAGUUUGCUGCAACAGACUCCGCUCACAUGGAAAGCCAUCCACAUUGCUGGGACUAACGGCAAAGGAUCUAUCAGUGCCUACCUAUCCCAUCUCCUCGCGACUGGCGGAGCACGUUGCGGACGGUUUACUUCCCCGCAUUUAAUCGAUCGGUGGGACUGCAUUACAAUUGGCGAGAAAGUGGUCCAAGAAUCACUAUUCCGUCAGAUUGAAGAUCAGGUCAAACUCCGGGAUCAAACAUUGGGGAUCGGAGCCUCCGAAUUCGAGCUGCUGACCGCAACGGCCUUCGAGAUAUUCAACCAUGAACGAGUCGAUGUGGGAGUCGUGGAGGUGGGAAUGGGAGGCCGCCUUGAUGCUACCAACAUUCUAAACAAUGUUCUUGUGUCGGUGAUUGCGAAGAUCGGAAUGGAUCACCAAGCUUUCCUCGGAUCUACGAUCGCAGAGAUCGCUCGCGAAAAAGCGGGGAUCUUGAAGCCCGGAGUCCCUUGUGUGGUGGACAACACAAAUGACCCAGAAGUACUUGAAACCGUUAAAAGACAUGUUCAAGAACUGGGAAUUGAAUCAUCUUUCGUUUCUCCUGCGCAGUGUCCGACACUGACACCCUACUUCAGGGAUCUGGACCUAGAGCCCCACCAGCAACAGAACAUGUGUUGCGCUGUCUCCGCCUUCAACCUUGCAUUGCCUUGUCUGAGUCCUCUUAUGACGACUUCGGACGUUCUCUCGCUACUACCAGGUCUUGCCCAGGUACAAUGGCCAGGUCGCUUGCAAUCUCUCGACCUCCGACCACUUAUUGAUCGCACAAUGCCCAUCCUACUAGAUGGCGCUCACAAUGCGCAGUCUGCCGAAGUUCUUGGCAAGUAUGUGGACCGCAGGAUGCGGUCGGAGAGCAAACCUGUCACCUGGGUAGUUGCUGCAUCGAGCGGAAAAGACCUUGCCGGGGUUUUCGGCUCCAUCAUUCGCCCCGGGGAUCGCGUUGCCACCGCAGAGUUCGGCCCUGUAGAUGGAAUGCCCUGGGUGCAGUCGACCAACGCCGCCGAGCUUGCCUCUUCUAUCCUGGCCAUUCAAGAUAUUGGGACGGUUCAGAGCUUCUCGGGCGAUCUACUGCCAGCGCUCCGAUGGGCCAGCGAUGAGGCCCACGAUGGCCCUCUUGUCAUCGCUGGUAGUUUAUAUUUAGUCUCUGAUGUGUUGCGUCUUCUCCGUGAGGCACAAAAGUGA